AUGGAUGUUCAGCUUGUGGUGCUUUCCUUCUGCAGUCUGGACCAACAGCAAGAGCUCGAUUUGAAGAUUGCAGCGCGGACGGGCAACGUGCUGGAAGUGGAAAAGAUGCUGGAACACCCUUUCGAUCCGAAUGUGCUUUUGCACGAGGCGUGCUGGGCGGGUCAAGAAGGCGUCGCGCUGUUGCUGCUGGAGGCGAAAGCUGAGGUAAACCUAUCGAACAGUUGCGGGCAAUCCCCGCUGCACUUGGCCACCUUGCAAGGCCACCCGGCCCUUGUUCACCUGCUGUUGGACAAGGCAGCGGACGCAAGCCUGGCCGACAUGAAGGGCAAGACUGCGGUUCAUCUGGCACGGGACCGAGACCCCAGAGACAGAGACACCAACAGCACGAUCCUGAGGCUGCUGGAAGAGGGCAGCGGGGGCAGGCGUAUCCGGACUACUGCAUCUGCGGGCAGUGCGAGGGUUUCGAGCCCCUCGAGGCGGGGAGGUGCGCGACGUGGACCCUGA